AUGGGAUUGGAUUUCCUAAACAACAUAAUGUCUUCGAAUAAGCAGCCUGAAAUGAACAUGCCAGACAUAAUCUACGGAUCACUCACCAACACCAAAGACAACCAGAUUCGAAACAAAAAUGUAAAUGGUUCGAUCUCUUUCGGAUCAAAUACUGUGCAAAAUAAUAACGUUUAUGGAGGUCAACCGCCUUAUGAUAACUCUGAUUACUCUGAUAACUCUGAGCCUGAUCUGGUGUUUAUUAAAAAUUAUUCUUUGCUUGACACUCAUCCAACCAAGUGUUUCAAGCAUAUCACUUACUCUGGUGUAUUUAUUAACUCCCAACACCAGUCUCAUGGCUCUAUUCUGGAUUUUUUGAAUUCUAUCCAUAUCAGCCAAAGAAAAAUUGAUCAUCACGCUGCUGCAGUAAUCAAUGUAAGGAGCAAUAAUAGUUUUAAUACGAACUUAUAA